AUGGAAGAGUCUGUUUCUAAAUACGCCUCGAGAGGAGUUGACAUUAAAUCUUUGAAAGCGAAAGUAAACAGCAGUAGCUCCGUUAUUUACUUUUGCUUUAUUAUUUUGUUAAAAAUUGACAGGUUUGUUUGGACAAAUGGGCUUCUUGAGAUGAAUGAAACGGUGGUAAUUCAGCAAAGAGGAGUGAGAGUUUACGAUGGGGAAGACAGUGUAUUUAUUCGUAGAUAUUUAGUGUGGAUUCAACAGAAAUUUCUGAAAUGCUUGUCACAGAUCAUAUUCUUUGAGGAGCAAACAGCUGGCAUCGGAAAAAGUGCCAAGAUUGUCAUUCACCUGCAUCAAGCCCUGGAAAAUAAGGAGCCAGGCCCCUACCAGCACAGCAAGUACUCUUAUAUAGAGCUGUCCUUCAACGAACAUGUGCAGAUUGAGUUUUACAGACGUCUAACUGAAGAGAUGACUCAGAAACGAUGGGAGAAUACACCUGUCUCACAGCCCAUCCCCACAGGACCUAAGGCAGGAAGAACAUGCGCAGUGGGGAUUGUGGGUAUUGAACGGAAGUUGGAAGAGAAAAGAAAAGAGACAGAUAAAAACAUUUCUGAGGCCUUUGAGGAUCUCAGUAAACUGAUGGAAAAGGCCAAAGAGAUGGUGGAGCUCUCCAAAUCCAUUGCCAACAAAAUCAAAGACAAGCAGGGUGACAUUACAGAAGAUGAGACUAUCCGCUUCAAGUCUUAUUUGCUGAGUAUGGGUAUAGCCAACCCAGUGACCCGAGAGACGCACGGCUCAGGCACACAAUACCACAUCCAACUCGCCAAACAGCUGGGAGACAUGCUGCAGGCCCCACUGGAGGAGCGUGGAGGAAUGAUGGCCCUCACUGAAGUGUACUGUUUGGUGAACAGAGCCCGGGGUAUGGAGCUUCUCUCUCCGGAAGACUUAGUCAAUGCCUGCAAGAUGUUUGGAUCGCUGAAGCUUCCUCUACGGUUGCGAGUUUUUGACAGCGGCGUGAUGGUGGUUCAGCUCCAGUCCCACAGUGAAGAGGAAAUGAUUGCCUCAGCUCUAGAUAACGUGUCUGAUAAAGGCUCCCUCACAGCUGAAGAGUUUGCCAAGUUGUUGGGACUGUCAGUUCUCCUUGCUAAAGAAAGGUUGUUACUAGCUGAAAAAAUGGGUCACUUGUGCCGAGAUGAUUCGGUAGAAAGUCUGCGUUUUUAUCCCAACCUGUUCUGAUGCCUGAAGCCGAUAUGUUAUCGAACCCUGCUGGUCCCGGAUCCCUCUCAGAUCUGAUAACUGAUUAGCUCUGGCUCUGGACACAAGUGGGCACCUACUUCUACUGUGUUUGUCAAUAGGGUCUUUCAUGAAUGUUUUUUUUUUUUUUUUAAACCUGUUUAGUGAUUUCCAAAGCCUCUAAUGAAAAGGAGAUGACAGAAAUUAUUAUGAGGAUGCAGAGGACCCAGUCUGUUGUUGAAAUAGGUUACGUUGAUAUUGUGUGUGACUCCAGGACAUAUUCAAUGCUGUCAGAUUGUCCAAAGAAAUAUGUGUGCAUUAUGCAUCAAACCGUGUUGUAAACACAUGGGGAAAAGACAAGGAAAAUAUUUCAUGAAAAUUCUAAAAACAAAAAUGCCAGAAUAACCAGAAAAUUCAAAACAUAAAAAUAAUAAUUCAGUGACAUUUUUGUUGAAACCAAUCUGCUUUUUCCCUCAUGGCAGCAUAAAGUCUAAUAUACUUAUUUUGGAUUGUUGUGUAAAAAUAAUAUAUUUUUAAAUAACA